GUAUGAGAGUCAACAACGAGUAGAGCUUAUUUACUGCUAUUUUGUGUGUUUUAUCGCCUUAAAUUGUGCCUAAGAAGCUUCCAGAGCCCACGCGUGUGCAACCAAACUCAAAAUACGCCACAAAUCGAGACUGAAUCGUUGAAAAUUUCCCGAAAAAACUCAAAAACUUGAAUAGUGCGAUUUCGACAGAAACCUGUUGAUGUUCACCUCACAAGUUUAGUAGCGGUGUAUUUAUAAUUGUUCUAUAUUUUCUAUUAUUAUUGCUAUUUGUUCUAUAUUUUGCUUAUUACAUAAAGAAAACAGACAACAAAAAAUCGUGUGGCAUCAAAAAAAAGUGAAAUUUCGAAAAAUUACUAAAAAGUUAUUAUUUCAAGUUCCGAAGAAGUUUAAGUUAUCGAUUCAACAAAGUGCUUUUUUUUUGUUUUUACAAUUGUUACAAUUUACCCAGCUAAUUAGAUUCUUGCGUAUUAGCGUAAAUAUUGUGUUAAUUGAUCGCAUACAUUCGAUUUGCAGUAACUUUGCCGUCCACAACAAACAACGACGACGACGACGAGAACAAGUAUAUUUGUCAUCAACAAUUCUCAUACUUGUACGAUAUAAUAAAAUAAACCAUAAAAUCUUGUUGUGUACAGAAUUUAUCUGAAAGAAAAAAAAAUAAUAAAAAAGUGUUUUUUGUUUUGUUCACGUCGAAAACUUACACACAUUUAACCCACAUAAACAAAGAAAAAUAAAAUUAUAUAAAAUAAAAAUUAAUUAAAAAGUAAUACAAACAGACAUUUAAAGUGAAAAACUUUUGCAAAAAAUAAAAAAAAAUUAAAUAAAAUUUUGUGUCUUUUGUGAAAUGCCUACGCAGAACAUACAAGACGAAACAAUGGUACAAGAAAUUAAAGUUAAAACUGUGUACAGUGGCGAGGUAAUGAUCCAUUACAUCGAAGAUGGAAUCACUUACGAGGAUUUAUGUAAGGAGAUUAGAGGUAUUUGCCGAUUUUCACCGGAUUUUAAGGAUUACACUAUAAAAUGGGUGGAUGAGGAAAAUGAUCCUUGUACGAUUUCCACUCAGAUGGAAUUGGACGAGGCCAUUCGUUUGUACGAGGUGAAUCGUGAUUCGGAGCUCGUUAUUCAUGGUGAGUCUUUUGUGCAAUUUUCAAUGUAACUUACCUGGAUGAUGUUCGUUGCUGGUAAAAUCAUAUAUGCCACAAAAUGUUGCUGCAACGACGUGGAA